AUGCCCCGCCCCCCACUGACUGUCCAGGCAGUGACCUUGACCCUGGUGCCCCUCGUGUGUGCCGUGGGGGUGGCGGGCAACGCCACGGUGGUCCUGGUGGUGGCCCGGAGCCGCCACAUGGUCACGUCCACCAACUGUUACCUGGUGAGCCUGGCCACCACGGACCUGCUGGUGCUCCUGGCGGCUGGAGUGCCCGCUGUGACCGAGGCGGCCUCCGCCCGGGUUUGGAUCUUCGGCCACGCCGGCUGCCUGGGCAUCACCUACCUGCAGUACGUGGGCAUCAACGCGUCCACGGGCUCCAUCACCGCGUUCACGGUGGAGCGAUACCUCGCCAUCUGCCGCCCUCUGAGCGCCCAGGCUCUGUGCACGGCGGCGCGGGCCAAGCGCAUCGCGGCGCUGGUGUGGCUGGGCACCUGCGCCUACCGCGUGCUCUGGCUCUUCCUGGUGGACACGCGCGAGACUGCGUACGCCGACGGCGUGCAGGUGCAGUGCGGCUACCGCGUGUCGCGCUCCCUCUACCUGCCUGUCUGCUUCCUGGACUUCGCGCUCUUCUACGCGCUGCCCCUGGGCUUGGCCACCGUGUGCUACGCGCUCAUAGCGCGCGUCCUCUUCGCGGGGCCGCUGCCUCCUGGCGACCUGGGACAGUCGGGCUCUGUGCACCAGGGCGGCCCCGCUGGCCAAGGGCGCUUGUCUUCCCGCGGCAGGAGGGGCGCCCUCAACUCCUGGAAGCAGGUCACCAAGAUGCUGGCUGUGGCGGUGGUCCUUCUCGCUCUGCUGUGGCUGCCUUACCGCGCCCUGGUGGUGGUGAAUUCCUUCCUGAGCCCGCCCUAUCUCAACCUUGGCUUCCUUCUCUUCUGCCGCCUUUGCAUCUACGUGAACAGCGCCGUCAACCCCAUCGUCUAUGCCCUCAUGUCCCAGCAUUUCCGGGAGGCCUUCCAUGGACUGUUUCAGUGCCACCUGGCCCGGCCCAAACCCCCACCCCAGGAGGCCAGCCCUGUUUAUGACAGUGUCAUCGGAGACUGUUCCCAGGACAGACUGGGCUCUAGGAAGAAACCAGGGAGUGUGAUGUCCAUACGGGAAGGGGAUCCUGCCACUUCACGGCGAGACCCCCCCAUUUACCCCUAUUGA